AUGAGCAGCGUGUUAGGUGUGAAGGAAGUGGAUGGCAGGCUGGUUGCCACAGCCAGAGAUAUUGAGCCACCGGCCGGAUGGACUAAUGAUUUUGAAACGCUGGGUGGUGAGACUGUGCGGGGAAAUGAUGGUGAAAUCUAUGAGUUACUCGAAUAUAAGGGCAUCGAUACCACCGAAACAAAGCCCCUAUACGCGGCAAUGGCUUCUGGUGCUGGCGGUGAACGUUUUGCGAUGAUGGAAGCGGGCUCGACGACAGCCUUCUACCUCUACCAUCUGGAUGAUGAUUAUCUGUAUCGGAUCAAUCAACCAGAUAACUUAGCCGAGAUUGUGAAGCGUAUCAACGAGGAGGAUGGAGGAUUGGGAAGCAUCGAGUUUAAGAAAAUAUGA